AUAUAAAGCUGAGUGUUUAGCCACACAUGUUCAAACAAUCACCAACGGAACAAACACUACAAAGAAAAGAAAGAGAAUGUUUUUCGCGCUACUUUUAACCUUCGCUUCAUAUCCUGUAUUUUCUGCUGGACAGACAUGCGGAACAAUGCCAGAUGUGUAUUGUAAGGUAUCCGAACUCGAAAAGCGCCUUAGCAGCUUAGAAACUAUAAAAGAUACUCAUGUCGAGUUUUUAGCUACUGGUGUUGAGAUGCUUGAUUCUGACCUUACAUUUCCUAACGUGGUGAUAAACAACGGCGGUGGAUACACCAGGACUACAGGACAGUUCAAGGCCCCAGUGGCCGGUAUGUACUACAUAGCCGCCUCAGUAUCCCCAGCACAGGAAUCAGAACAUCAAAAGGUUCAAUGUUUUAUUCAGAAGAACGGAGUUAGUAUACUCGAGCUUUUCACCGAUAAAUUCGGCGCUUACGAAGUUGGAUCAUAUCCGGCUACGGCGACAAUGCCCGUUUUUCUUGCUGUUGGUGAUAUUGUCAGUGUUGGCGGAUGUUCCUUCUAUGGAGGAAUACACAAUGAUGGUGGGACCAGUUUCAAUGGAGUUCUCUUAUAUCCAGCUUAACGACCAAAUCAGAUUAGGCAUAUAGAAAGAACUAACGAACUUUAAGAACAAUAAAACUUCCAAUGACUUUUAUAUAAUUUAUGUACACAAUAAAAUCCUAAAUGAAAAGGACAAAAUACGGAAUAAUUAAAAAUGUUAAAAGAAGUAAUGAAAAAUAAAAUACAUACAACUGGUACAUGCACUCGAUCUGCUUUAUUUAGCUUAAUCCCCAGGCUGCUAAAUUUCUGAAAUGGACUGGUCUGUCUUUCAAUUUCGGCAGUAUCAUUUAUCAUUCAAAGGUGUGUUCACUGAAAAUGUGCUUAGUGAAGACCAUGAUCAUCUUGUUCUGCACUGGUCGCAAAGACGACACUUGCCGCCAGCGGCUAAAGGUUAUUAUCUAUGCCACUGUUAACAAGUAUUCAUAGAAUGAAGUGUGAAAAAUAUUAAUACUAAGUCUAACAUUCAGUAAGAAAUAAAUAAAGAUCUUAAACAACAUCGAACACCAUUCACAGAAAAUCAAUUACACCUGCCUGACAGAGGAUCCGAAAACUGAAUCUUCCAUAAACACUUAUA